AUGCCAAGAACGAGUAAGAAAAAAGCAGCACCGCAAGCUGGAGGUGCAUGGCCUUUGAUCGGCCAUUUGCAUCAAUUAGGAGGGCCGCAACCACCGCACAUAGUUUUAGGUAAUAUGGCUGACAAAUAUGGGCCAGUCUUCACCAUUAAGAUGGGAGUGCGUCGAGCACUAGUUGUAAGCAACUGGGAGAUGGCCAAAGAAUGCUUAACGACCAACGACAAAGCCUUCGCUAAUCGUCCGAAUUUUCUAGCCUGUCAGAUUUUGGGCUACGAUGGGGCUAUGCUAGGGUUUAGUCCAUACGGCCCAUACUGGCGUGAACUGCGCAAGAUAGCCACGCUGGAGCUUCUCUCAAGCCAUCGACUGGAAAUGCAAAAAACCAUAAGAGAAUCCGAGGUAAGGUUGUCUCUAAAAGAGUUGUACAAAUAUUGGGAUCGGAAGAAAAGUAGUUCAAACAAUAGUAAGGUUCUGGUAGAGAUGAAGGGUUGGUUUGGAGACAUAACCAUAAAUGUUAUUUGUAGGAUAAUUGUUGGUAAAUCUGUGGGAUAUGCCACCACAAAUGGGGAUGAAGAACAGAGUACUGAAUCCUGGAAAAAUAAAUUGGGUGAGUUUUUUCAUUGGGCAGGGGCGUUUGUGGUGUCUGAUGCGCUACCAUUUUUAAGGCUUUUAGAUAUGGGGGGGCCAGUGAGGACCAUGAAGAAGAUAGCAAAAGAUUUAGACCAUGUUGUUGAAGCUUGGUUAGAGGAGCAUAGGCAGAAGAAAGUAAAUAGUGAUCAGGUAAUUAAAGGAGAGGAGGACUUCAUGGAUUUGAUGCUAUCCAUUUUUGAUGAAGCACAUGCAGCCCAAUUAGGUCGAGAUUCUGAUACCAUCGUCAAAGCCACAUGCCUGCUAACAAUGGCUACUCUGCUGCAUGGGUUUGAUUUCGCAACCCCAUCAGAUGAACCGAUUGAUAUGACUGAGAGCAUUGGAUUAACCAACGUUAGAGCCACUCCACUCCACGUUGUUCUGAAUCCACGCCUUCCCACUCACCUCUAUUUAUAG